UAAAAAUGCACUAACGCCGGAUGUCAGCAAACAACAUGAGCUGGUCACCUUAACGUUACAUCAUGUGCAUUUAAAAAAAAUUAAUAAUAUUAACUAAAUUUCGUGAAAUUGCCUCUCUGCAACUGGAUUCUAGUCGGCAAUUUUUAUGACGUUGAUUUUUGAGCAAAUACCCCAAAAGCAAAGUAACACACAAUAAACAGAGAUAGUUAAGUUUUGAGUUUCGGGUUGGCGGCGAAGUUGCAGAAGUUGGAAGUCUGAACAACCGAAUCCCUAGGCUGCAUACCUUUUGUUUUGUAUCGCAAUUCUCUUCUUCCACCAAAAACCAUCUGCUAAACCGAAUCACCCAUAAACCGGAUCCCGAAAUGGCGGCCUACUUGAACCGCACCAUCUCGCUGGUGACCGGGCAAACGGGCCCCGCCGACGACGACCGUCACGCCUCCUCCACGGACACGGUGGACAAAUCCGGACCCGGUUCCCCGCUAUCUCGGCUCAACUCAUCGCUGCAACCAUCCGGCUCCACACUGGCUGCCAAUCUGCUACCCGAAUCGCGGCUCUAUCAAUCCAACGACAAAUCACCGCUCCAGAUCUUUGUGCGCGCCAAGAAGAAGAUCAACGAUAUCUACGGCGAGAUCGAGGAGUAUGUCCAUGAGACGACCACCUUCAUCAACGCCCUGCACGCGGAGGCGGAGAUCGUGGACAAGGCGGAACGGGAGCUGUUCGAGAGCUAUGUGUACAAGGUGGCGGCCAUUCGCGAGGUACUGCAGCGGGAUCACAUGAAGGUGGCCUUCUUCGGACGCACCUCCAACGGCAAGAGCUCGGUGAUCAAUGCCAUGUUGCGCGAGAAGAUCCUGCCCAGCGGCAUUGGGCACACCACGAAUUGCUUCUGCCAAGUGGAGGGCAGCAAUGGCGGCGAGGCGUAUCUCAUGACAGAGGGCUCCGAGGAGAAGCUCAAUGUGGUGAACAUCAAACAACUGGCGAAUGCCUUGUGCCAGGAGAAGCUCUGCGAGAGCAGUCUGGUGCGCAUCUUUUGGCCGAGGGAACGCUGCAGCCUGCUGCGCGACGAUGUCGUCUUUGUGGACUCACCUGGCGUGGAUGUGUCGGCCAAUUUGGACGACUGGAUCGAUAACCAUUGCCUGAACGCCGAUGUCUUUGUGCUGGUCCUGAAUGCCGAGUCAACGAUGACGCGUGCGGAGAAGCAGUUCUUUCACACCGUCUCCCAGAAGCUGAGCAAGCCGAACAUCUUCAUCCUGAACAAUCGCUGGGAUGCGUCGGCCAACGAGCCCGAGUGCCAGGAAUCGGAACUGGCUAAGGUCAAGUCCCAGCACACGGAACGCUGCAUCGACUUCCUCACCAAGGAGCUGAAGGUGAGCAACGAGAAGGAGGCGGCCGAAAGGGUAUUCUUCGUUUCCGCCAGGGAAACGCUGCAGGCGCGCAUCGAGGAGGCCAAGGGCAAUCCGCCGCACAUGGGCGCCAUUGCCGAAGGCUUUCAGAUACGCUACUUCGAGUUCCAGGACUUCGAGCGCAAGUUCGAGGAGUGCAUCUCGCAGAGUGCGGUGAAAACCAAGUUCCAGCAGCACAGUUCGCGCGGCAAGAGUGUUUCGGGGGACAUGAAAUCAAUGUUGGACAACAUUUACGAGCGGAUCACCAUAUUCCGCAAUCUGAAGCAGGACCAGAAGAACCUGCUCACCGAACGCAUCCAGGGCACAGAGACGCAGAUGAUGCAGGUCACGCGCGAAAUGAAGAUGAAGAUCCACAACAUGGUGGAGGAGGUGGAAGAGAAGGUGUCGAAGGCGCUGAACGAGGAGAUCUGGCGCUUGGGCGUGCUCAUUGACGAGUUCAACAUGCCCUUCCAUCCGGAGCGUCUGGUCCUGAACAUCUACAAGAAGGAAUUGAAUGCCCAUGUGGAGAGCGGCCUGGGCAGCAACCUGCGCGCCCGCCUAUCCAUGGCCCUGGCCAUGAACGUCGAGUCCGCCCAGACGGAGAUGACCGAUCGCAUGCACGCCCUGGUGCCCAACGAGCAGCUCCUGGCCACCAGCACCAAGAUGGUGGUGCGCACGCAGCCCUUCGAGAUGCUCUACUCACUGAAUUGCCAGAACCUCUGCGCCGACUUCCAGGAGGAUCUGGAGUUCAAGUUCAGCUGGGGCAUUACGGCGAUGAUCCAGCGCUUCACCGGCAAGGUGCGCGAGCGCAGCAAGAAGGGCCAGCCGGCACUGGUCAAUCGACAGAGCAGUAUUGGACACAGCGUAUCGACGCCGACCACCACGCCCGUGGAGGCAACUCCUGUGUGCCUGCUGCCCGCUCCCGUUGUGGCUGGCAUUACGCCCGAGCAGCUGUCGCUGAUCUCUCGCUUUGCGGUGUCCUCCAUUGGAUCGCAGGGCACCGUUGGUGGCCUCGUCGUCGCCGGCAUCGUGAUAGUGCAUAGCUAUGUGAUGAAAUCAAACCACUUGCAGAUGCUGAAAACCAUCGGCUGGCGCGUCCUGGUGGGCGUGGGCGCCCUCUACGGCUGCAUCUACCUGUACGAGCGCCUCUCGUGGACAAAUUCCGCCAAGGAGCGCACAUUCAAGUCGCAGUACGUGCGCCAUGCCACCAAGAAGCUCAAGAUGAUCGUCGACCUCACCUCGGCCAACUGCAGCCACCAAGUGCAGCAGGAAUUGUCGAGCACCUUUGCCCGUUUGUGCCGCACCGUUGACACCGCCACCACGGACAUGAACGAUGAGCUCAAGACGCUGGACUCGCAGCUGAACAUCCUGGAGGCGAACCAGAAGCAAUUGAAGCUGCUCCGCAACAAGGCCAACUACAUACAGAACGAGCUGGACAUCUUCGAGCACAACUAUAUAUCGCCGCAGUAGUGGAACAGUAGUGGGUUGGCUGGGCGAGGGGCAGAACACUAACCAGGAUGUGGCUGAUCAUAGAAAUCGGGCGAAGACAAACACCCAAACACGACUACAACAACAUUAAUGCACCACGUAUAUUUGCUGCUCAACUCUCAGUUUUUUUCUCCUAUUUUGUUUAAAGUGUUUCAUUUUUUUUUUUGUAAAAAAAUGCAUGAUGUGAGCCAAUCGAUUGGUGCCUCUUUAUUCACUAUCGUUUAAACAAAUCGUUGUUGUUGUUGAGAAUUUUUUUAAUUCCUAACAUGCACUACUCCGCUAGUGUGAUUAUUUAGUUUUUUUUUUGUAAUUGUUGACAAAUAGAGAAGUAUCCAAAACACUGUGAGCAUGGCCGGGUGCCAUGGAAAAGCUAGUUGCGAUGAAUUAUGCCACAUGGUGAUGACCCCAGAGCGCGAAAGUCACUCACUUAUUUACCCCUUUUCGCCCCUUAAAGAAAGUCUAGUAAUUAUACAUAUUUGUUUUUGAAUUGGACGCUAGAAUAAUGUUGGCGCAAAGCAAACCAAUAUAUACAAACACAAUUGUUGAGAUGUUGAGAAUGAGAAUGAUUCAUGAACGAAAACGAAACGAAAUAAAAGAUAUUUAUGUAAGAAACUAGUAA